UUCCACCCUGCUGUCCACCGCCCCUGUCCAGCCUCCCGCUGACCUCUCCAGAGGGGCUGUCCUGGAGCUCCGGGUUGGCUGCAGGCCUCCCGCCCUGGCUUCGUCCCUCCUCUCCCUCCCAGGGCCCAACUGCUGUCACUUUACGCUUUGCCAAGGAGGAGGGGACUGCAGUGACAGCAGGUGUAGCAGAGUGGGAGGCAGGACAGCGUGUGGGACAGAGCAGUAUGGGAGGGAGGGAGGUACCAAGGCCAGGUGGUGGUGAGACCCGCAGAGAGGGCAGAGUGGGAGCAGGAAGGGGUAGGAGACAGGGGGGCUUAGGGGUGGCAGAACCACUCAGCUAUGUCAAGAGGAAAGCGACACCAGCUCCCCGGUCCCCUGCACAGCUCCAGGCUGUGCUUGGCCCUGGUGCUUCUGGCCCUGGGGGCCGUGUGGGCCCAGGAGGGUUCUGAGCCCGUUCUUCUGGAGGGGGAAUGCCUGGUGGUCUGUGAGCCUGGCCGAGCUGCAGCAGGGGGGCCUGGAGGUGCAGCCCUGGGAGAGGCACCCCCUGGACGAGUAGCAUUCGCUGCCGUCCGGAGCCACCACCACGAGCCAGCUGGGGAGACUGGAAACGGCACCACCGGGGCCAUCUACUUUGACCAGGUCCUGGUAAAUGAGGGCGGCGGCUUUGACCGGGCCUCGGGCUCCUUUGUGGCCCCUGUCCGAGGAGUCUACAGCUUCCGGUUCCAUGUGGUGAAGGUGUACAACCGCCAGACUGUGCAGGUGAGCCUGAUGCUGAACACAUGGCCUGUCAUCUCAGCCUUUGCCAACGACCCUGACGUGACCCGGGAGGCAGCCACCAGCUCUGUGCUGCUGCCCCUGGACCCCGGGGACCGGGUGUCCCUGCGCCUGCGUCGGGGGAACCUGCUAGGUGGCUGGAAAUACUCAAGCUUCUCUGGCUUCCUCAUCUUCCCACUCUGAAAGCCCAAACCUCCCAAAGGAUGGAAAUCCAGCCCCUGGCCCACUGCCUUCUGCCCUCCCCUGCCCCAGAAACAGCAUCUUUGGGGCAGGAGAGGGCCUCCCUCAGGCUGCUCCGUAUUCCACCUCCCUGCAUGGGACUGUGUGCCAAACACCCAAGGUUAAGAGUGGUGCUGGGGCAUCUCCAGACCUGGCACUUGUCACCCACCCACCCAGCCCCCAGUGCU